GGUCUCGGAGCAAAGGUUGCGGGGAACUUUUGCGUCUCUGUCCCCCGGACCGCCGGGAGGAAACGGUUGACAUCGCGGGACUUUUACCCGCGUGUCGCGUCGCGUCGCCCCGCGCGGGGCCGUUUUCUCUUCCCUUUUUUUUUUUUCUUUCUUUCUUCCCCGCACCACUACUAGUUAAAGUGGUAACCAAGACAGCGUGACUAACUAGUUGUGGGUGAAAUUAUGGGAUGCAUCGUCAUGGCAACAGACCAGACGUCACAAUCUGGGCAUGUGUGUUCCAUUUUUGUCUUUCUUAUUUUUCAGACUGGAGGACCUGGAUAGACAUCAGUGCAAAAAGAAUGUUUUUUUGUUCUUUUUUUAAAUAUGUUUUUCUUCUAUGUGGAGAGAAGCCCGAGAUUCCCCGGAAAAGAAAUAAAUAAUGAACACUCAUAUUCUUUGUAAGUGAGUGGCGGUAGGUUUGUUUUUGGGUGAAGAAGGAUCCCGGGCUGCGGCGUCUGCAGGGUUAACUUCCAGCAUUCUCAGCCUGAGAGGGGCUCGGGGGGCCGAUGAGGUAAAGAUGCCGGGGUCGCUGAGCAAUGAAGACGAGGGACGAGACGACAUGGAUUUUGAAGACGAUAUGCCAGAUGAGGACGACGAAGGCAAGCGCAUGGCGGUCCCCCUCGCGCCCCUCGGCAGCUUCUUCUCCGACGGCGACUCCCUCAAACAGCAAAAGAAGAAGAAGCCCAAAAAGAUGAAAGAGGGGAAAAUGCCCAAAGUUAAGAAGAGGAAAAAGGAGGGGGGCAUCCAGCCGAGAGCGGACAGCGACCUGGAGGAGACCUCGGAGGUGGAGGAGGAACGGGAGCGUCCAGAGGUCGGCUCUGGGAGCGAGAGCAGCGCCUACGGACCGACCAAGAAGAAGAAGAAGAAACCCAGGGAGAAGAAGGAGAAGAAGCCCAGGAAGAAGAAGAGAGACGAGGAAGACGACGACGAGGACGACGACGACGGCAACAUGAAGGAACCCAAGUCGUCCGGCCAGCUGAUGCACGAGUGGGGCCUGGAAGACGUCCAGUACGGCUUCUCCGAGGACGACUACAAGACCAUCACCAACUACAAGGCCUUCAGCCAGUUCCUCAGGCCUCUCAUUGCCAAGAAGAACCCCAAGAUCCCCAUGUCCAAGAUGAUGACCGUGUUGGGGGCCAAGUGGCGCGAGUUCAGCGCCAACAACCCGUUCAAAGGCGCGUCCGCCACCGCCGUGGCCGCCGCCGUGGCCGCCGCCGUGGAAACGGUCACCGUGGCGCAGCCGACGGCCGCAAGCGGCGGCCCGCCGGGCUCCCAGCCGGGGCCGCUCAAAAAAGCCAAAACCAAAGAGGGAAAGGGACCCGGAGUGAGGAAGAGAAGCAGGUCUGCGAAGGAUGCGAAGAAGAAGAGCAAGCCGAAGAAGACCAAAGCAAAGUCGGGCCCGAGUGUGAAGAAGAAGAAAGCUUCCUCGAGUGAGGAGGACUUCCUGGAGGAGUCGGACUUUGAUGACAUCAGCAUCCACAGCGCCUCCGUGCUGUCUGACACCUCGGGGGCCCCCACCAAGAAGAUUGCCCGCCGUGGGCGUAAAAAAAGGAAAAAGGAAGACGGCGACGGCUACGAGACGGACCACCAGGACUACUGCGAGGUGUGCCAGCAGGGCGGGGAGAUCAUCCUGUGUGACACCUGUCCCCGAGCGUACCACCUGGUCUGCCUGGACCCCGAGCUGGAGAAGGCCCCCGAGGGCAAAUGGAGCUGUCCACACUGUGAGAAAGAGGGCAUCCAGUGGGAGGCCAAAGACGAGGAGGAGGAAGAGGAGGAGCCGGCGGCGGAGGUGGAGGAGGACGACCACAUGGAGUUUUGCAGAGUGUGUAAAGAUGGAGGCGAGCUGCUGUGCUGUGACACCUGCCCGUCUUCCUACCACAUCCACUGCCUCAACCCGCCCCUCCCCGAGAUCCCCAACGGGGAGUGGCUGUGUCCUCGCUGCAUGUGCCCUCCCCUCAAAGGGAAGGUCCAAAAGAUUCUACACUGGACGUGGGGAGAACCGCCGCUGCCGGCCGAACUGCCCGACGGCCCCGACGGCAGGCCGGCCGAUCCGCUGGCCAACCCCCCGCCGAGGGGCCGUCCGGAGAGGGAGUUCUUCGUGAAGUGGGCCGCCCUGUCGUACUGGCACUGCUCCUGGGUCAGCGAGCUGCAGCUGGAGCUGUACCACACGGUGAUGUAUCGCAACUACCAGCGCAAGAACGACAUGGACGAACCGCCGCCCUUCGACUACGGCUCCGGCGAGGAGGAGCUCAACAACGAGAAGCGGAAGAGCAAGGAUCCCCAGUACGCCGCGAUGGAGGAGCGCUUCUACCGCUACGGCAUCAAACCGGAGUGGAUGGUCAUGCACCGGAUAAUCAACCACAGUUUUGAUAAGGAUGGCGAUGUGCAUUACCUGAUCAAGUGGAGAGACCUGCCCUACGAUCAGUGCACCUGGGAGGUGGAUGACUUUGACGUCCCGGAGUACGACACUCAUAAAGCCACUUACUGGGACCACAGGGAGCAAAUAGUAGGGGAGGACCAACGCCCCCUGGUGGUGAAGAAAGGAAAGAAACUCAAAGAGGACCACCAAAAGAGGGAGGUCCCUCCUGAUGCCCCCAUCAUAGAUCCAACCAUCAAGUUUGAGCACCAGCCGUGGUACAUCAACGCCACGGGGGGAACGCUGCACCCAUACCAGCUGGAAGGCCUGAACUGGUUGAGGUUCUCCUGGGCUCAGGGCACAGACACCAUCCUGGCCGACGAAAUGGGCCUCGGGAAGACGGUGCAGACCAUCGUGUUCCUCUACUCGCUGUACAAGGAGGGUCAUUCUAAGGGCCCCUACCUGGUGAGCGCGCCGCUCUCCACCAUCAUCAACUGGGAGAGGGAAUUUGAGCUGUGGGCUCCGGAUUUCCACGUGGUGACGUACACCGGAGACAAGGACAGCCGGGCGAUCAUCAGGGAGAACGAGUUCACCUUCGAGGACAGCGCCGUGAAAACAGGACGCAAGGUGUUCCGCAUGAAGAAAGACACGCCCAUCAAGUUCCACGUGCUGCUGACGUCCUACGAGCUGAUCACCAUAGAUCAAGCCAUCCUGGGCUCCAUCACAUGGGCCUGCCUGGUGGUUGACGAGGCCCACAGACUGAAGAACAACCAGUCAAAGUUUUUUAGAAUCCUAAACGGGUACAAGAUCUACUACAAGCUGCUGCUCACUGGGACUCCUCUUCAGAACAAUUUGGAAGAGCUGUUCCACCUGCUUAACUUCCUCACCCCAGAGCGCUUCAAUAACCUCGAAGGCUUCCUGGAGGAGUUCGCUGACAUCUCGAAGGAGGACCAGAUCAAAAAGCUCCACGACCUGCUCGGCCCUCACAUGCUCAGGAGGCUCAAAGUGGAUGUCUUCAAGAACAUGCCUUCAAAGACAGAGCUGAUCGUCAGAGUGGAGCUCAGCCCCAUGCAGAAGAAAUAUUACAAGUUUAUUUUGACGCGGAAUUUUGAGGCUCUGAACUCCAAAGGUGGAGGUAACCAAGUGUCCCUGCUCAACAUUAUGAUGGACCUGAAGAAGUGCUGCAACCAUCCCUACCUGUUCCCAGUGGCUGCCGUGGAAGCCCCUGUGCAAGCCAACGGCUCGUAUGAUGGAAACCAAUUGGUGAAGUCCUCAGGAAAACUCACGCUGCUUCAGAAAAUGCUGAAGAAGCUCAAGGACGAAGGACACAGAGUCCUCAUUUUCUCUCAGAUGACAAAGAUGCUGGAUCUGCUUGAAGAUUUCCUGGAGUUCGAGGGUUAUAAAUACGAACGUAUUGAUGGAGGCAUCACUGGAGGCCUCAGGCAGGAGGCCAUUGACCGCUUCAACGCACCGGGCGCUCAGCAGUUCUGCUUCCUGCUGUCCACACGGGCCGGAGGUCUCGGCAUCAACCUGGCGAGCGCCGACACUGUCGUCAUCUACGACUCCGACUGGAAUCCCCACAACGACAUCCAAGCUUUUAGCAGAGCCCAUCGUAUCGGCCAAAACAGGAAGGUGAUGAUCUACCGCUUCGUGACGCGGGGCUCGGUGGAGGAGCGAAUCACUCAGGUGGCCAAGAGGAAGAUGAUGCUGACCCACCUGGUGGUGCGGCCCGGCCUCGGCUCCAAAACCGGCUCCAUGUCCAAACAAGAGCUGGAUGACAUCCUCAAGUUCGGCACUGAGGAGCUUUUCAAAGAUGAGAUGGAGGCGGCGCGGGCCAUGGGUGACAACAAGGAGGGGGAGGAGGGCAACGUGAUUCACUAUGACGACGACGCCAUCUCCAAGCUGCUGGACCGCAGCCAGGACGCCACCGAAGACACCGAGAUCCAGAACAUGAACGAGUACCUGAGCUCCUUCAAGGUGGCUCAGUACGUGGUGAAAGAGGAGGACGGAGAGGAAGAGCCGGAGCGGGAGAUCAUCAAGCAGGAGGAGAACGUGGACCCGGACUACUGGGAGAAGCUCCUCCGGCACCACUACGAGCAGCAGCAGGAGGAUCUGGCCCGCAACCUCGGCAAGGGCAAACGCAUCCGGAAGCAGGUCAACUACAACGACACGACCCAGGAGGACCAAGAGUGGCAGGAUGAUCUUUCAGACAAUCAGUCGGAGUACUCCGUGGGGUCCGAGGACGAGGACGAAGAUUUCGAGGAGCGGCCUGAAGGUGGACGCAGACAGUCUCGUAGGCAGAUGAAGAAUGAGAAAGACAAACCCCUGCCGCCCUUGCUGGCACGAGUCGGGGGCAGUAUUGAGGUCCUGGGGUUCAACGCCCGCCAGAGGAAGGCCUUCCUCAACGCCAUCAUGCGCUGGGGAAUGCCUCCUCAGGACGCUUUCAACUCGCAUUGGCUGGUCAGAGACCUGAGAGGGAAGAGUGAGCGUGAGUUCAGGGCCUACGUGUCCCUGUUCAUGAGGCAUCUAUGUGAGCCGGGGGCGGACGGAGCAGAGACCUUCGCCGACGGAGUCCCACGCGAGGGACUGUCUCGUCAGCAUGUCCUCACCAGGAUCGGCGUCAUGUCCCUCGUCAGGAAAAAGGUUCAAGAGUUUGAGCACGUUAAUGGCAAGCUGAGUUCCCCAGAUCUGAUUCCCAUCGGCAUGGAGCUGAAGAAACUGACUGAGAGUUUGUCUUCUGACCCCAACACCCCUGUGCCUGCCAGCCCGGUCGCCACACAGCCCGGGACACCCGUCCCACCAGAGAAGACUGAGUGUCUCCUGGGGACCACUGAGGACAAGGACUCCGCAGAGCAAGAUAGCAAGAAACUCUCCGAGCAGGAAUCGUCCAGCGCGGAGCCGCCGUCCGUCCCUGAGAAAGCACCCGACAGCGAGGAGAGCAAAGCCGGCUCGGAGGAGAAGGCCGCGGACGAGAGGGACGGAGGCGAGUCGCCCGCCGCGAAGACGGAGCCGCCUGCCGCCUCCAAAGAGCCGACGCCCGGUCGCGCCUCGCCUAGACCGGAGUCCGUCAAAGACACGGAGAGGCCCUCGGAGAAGGGAGAGACCGAAUCGUCUCUGGCAAAGACUGAAGACAAGGAAAAUAAGCCAGACGAUCUGAAGAGUGACGACGCAUUAGAGGGUCGUUUGAAUGGAGACAAGGACCCUUUGGACGAGACGGACGAGAGCAGGAAGGAGGACAAAAAUGGAUACAAAGCCAAGUUCAUGUUUAAUAUCGCUGACGGAGGUUUUACAGAGCUGCACACCCUCUGGCAAACGGAGGAGCGAGCGGCGCUGUCUUCUGGAAAGAUGCACGACAUCUGGCACCGACGCCACGACUACUGGCUUUUAGCGGGUAUCGUAACACACGGCUACGCUCGCUGGCAAGACAUCCAGAACGACCCGCGCUACGCCAUCCUGAAUGAGCCCUUCAAGACGGAGAUCCACAAGGGCAACUACCUGGAGAUGAAGAACAAGUUCCUGGCCCGGCGCUUCAAGCUGUUGGAGCAGGCGCUGGUGAUCGAGGAGCAGUUGAGGCGGGCGGCGUACUUGAAUAUGACGCAGGACCCCGGCCACCCGGCCAUGGCCCUCAACACUCGCUUCGCCGAGGUGGAAUGUCUGGCAGAGUCCCACCAGCACCUGUCCAAGGAGUCGCUGGCCGGGAACAAACCCGCCAACGCCGUGCUGCACAAAGUGCUGAACCAGCUGGAGGAACUUCUGAGCGACAUGAAAGCUGACGUGACCCGACUGCCCAACAUGCUGUCCAGGAUCCCGCCGGUGUCGGCCCGCCUGCAGAUGUCCGAGAGGAGCAUCCUGAGCCGCCUCACCAGCCGAGGGAGCGAGCCCCCGCCGCAGCAGCCUUUUAGCCAGGGGGGGUUUGGCUGCUCCCAGAUGUACAGCAGCAGCUUUGCUGGAGGAUUCAGAGGACCGGGCGGUCAGCCCAUGGUCAACUACAGCCAGAUGCCUCUGGGACCCUACGUCAGCGUGUCCUCUAACGGCCCCUCGCCCCCUUCAAGCCAUCUGGACAAGAAGUCACUGGACUGCUUGAGAGACGUGAGCACGCCUGACCUCAAGUCGGGCAAACCUAGUGAUGUCAUCUGCAUUGAGGACUAGGCCAGCUCUGUAAAACUGACCCGAGGUCACAAAGUCCCCAAUAGGGAGGGGGCUUUCUCCUGCACCCUCCCCCCCUCCCCCCUGACUUUUUGAUUAAUGCAGAUGUGUCCAUCUUAACGAUUGCACUUUUAUCUCUCUCGAGGGUCCAAUCGGAGUCUCUCAGUAGGUGUUUGCUUUUCGCUGCUGGACGGGCAAGAGCGAAGGGGACUCUCGUUCUCGGCCUCGCGCUUCGAGGCGAAACUCCAGCUGGUUGGCACGACGAUGAGCUCCGGGUGCCCUUGAUCGGGCCUCAUUCCGAUCUCGGGAAGGUGUCUUGUGCUCUGACUCUUUCCAUCGUGCCCGGACGCUGUGCACUGUAACCCGCUGGAGCCGAGGGCGCCCGCACUCAUGGUUGGAUGGGAGAUUGUUUUUAUUUUUCCUGAGGGCCAAUAUUGCUACUUUAACUGAGUAUUUGUUUUCGUCAUUCAUGUAGUAACCAGUGGAUAAAAUAUUGAUUUGAAAGCAUUGAAAUCUAGUCUCCUGUAUGCAGUAGCUGUACACGGCGUGAAUCCUCUGAAGGCCGCCGCCCACUCGCCAGUUUGAGAAAAUAACCUGCAGCUGCAGCGACCUGUGAGCGGCCGGCUUCUUGUGCUGUAUAUACUCAGAGACUGCUGCUAAUAUUGAAAUAACUGGGAGGGAGGGAAUCAGAGGCCCGGCUUGCAGAGACCCCGCCCCCCCCCCUCCAUUAUUAAAUGCAUUUCCGAGGAGUAUUUCUGUGUACGGUAGAAUAUCUGUGAUUGUUAUUAUAUUUGAAUGUUCGUAGUGACUGCGCUAAGAACAGGGCUCUGAUGUUCUCAGUGGGGGGGGGGGCUCUUUUCCUACUCUUACGUCCCAGGGACGUUGGAACUGAAUAGGAACAUUGCUGAACACGGGUCACUUUAAUUCUAGUUGUUGUCGCGAAAUGAGCUUUUUGUUCGCUUCUCUUUGCGUUGAAGUAAAACUGUCACGUAUUCGGUCCCUCGGUGAGGAUUUAAGGGGACGAUUCAGUAGGAAUAUUUGACUCCACAGCUGUGGGAAUGUUCUCUGCAUCUCCGCUCCAGAGGACGAGCGCUGAGAGCGUACGCUUUAAUGGGGUGGAGACACUUUACGCAUAGUAGAGCCGCACAUCUUGUCCAUUCCACCACUACUUUGUGCUAAAGUGGCAGUGCACCACGUGAAACGGUCUUUUAUAAAUUGAAGCUUACUGUAUUUCCUUUUAUAUGAAGGCAUUGAUCGAAUGUUUGGACUAAAAGUGCCCAUGAUUAUCUUUUUGUUUUCUCCAAAGACGAGGGGCAUUACCUGUUUGUGUCGCUCCAGCACUUAUUUGUCGGGGUGACGAUAAUGUAAAGCCGAAGAGGCAGUGAUGUACAGAGUUGGCGAGCGUAUUUUCUUACUCUCCUUUUGCAAACUUCAAACGGUUGUUCCGAGGUGCCCUCUCCUGCUCCGACGACGCGCUUUAACUUUAUGGGACAAGUUUUUAAGAGCAGCCAUCAAACCGACCGUGAAGUGCAUCCCAUGAGCUUUUUUUGCGCUCUUCUGUUAGUGUUUAUCAGUGCUGCUUCGUCCAUCGCGUCAACGUUCACGCCAUCGAUUGACCGCCACGUGGUGGCUCGACAGAUAGAACCUCAGAAACAUGUAAAUACUUGAAAGAUUUUUUUUUUUUUUUCCCCAGAGAUACGUCUCAUAGAGAUUUACGUAUCCAACUGGGGGGGAAAAAAGAUGAAUGACGACGUUGAAAACACAAAACUCCAAUGAAAUGCAAUCAAACUGAAGUCAGUAUGAAUGUAAUGUCUGUUAGAAAAAAAAGGCUUCAGUCUAAUAUUAUAAAUAUGUUAACAAUGUAUGUACAUGCUUAUUAACAUGGCUUCAAAAGCUACAAAAGACCCUGAGAAAAGGCACCUUUGCUGCAGCGAAUGCGAAGCAUGUGAAGCGUUUGACGGUUCACUUUGGGGGGGGGGAGGGGGGGCGGUAGUGGAACUAGCAUUUACAGACAACCAGCUCCAAGCAGUGUUCAUGGUUCCCAUAUUUGUGCUGUAUAGCAUUUGAAUGAAAAAACAAAAGUGAAUUGUCAUCUUUUUAUUUGUAUUCUGUGUAUUUGUUCAAUGUGUUUUAAUAAAUCUUCUGGACAACAGUAACGACGUGUGGUCGUCUCCGCACACCGA